AUGAAGAUUACUAUCCUAAUCUUCUUAUGUGCACUACCAUUCACAUUUGCUAACCUAAGCGUUGGCUUCUAUAGCUUUAGUUGUCCAAUGGCAGAGAUCAUUGUAUUCAAUGUCGUGCAAAGGCAUUUUAUUGAAGACGGAUCCAUUAGUGCGGCCUUGCUUCGCAUGCACUUUCAUGAUUGCUUUGUCAGAGGUUGUGAUGCCUCUGUACUAAUUGAUCCAACCAACACUACGUCUUCAGAAAAGCAAGCAGUACCAAACAAAUCACUUCGUGGAUUUGAGAUAAUUGAUGAGGCCAAGAGAGUCUUAGAACAAUCUUGUCCUUCAACUGUUUCAUGUGCAGAUAUCAUUGCACUUGCAACAAGAGAUGCAGUGGGUCUAGCAGGGGGACCCAUAUACAUUGUCCCCACUGGAAGAAGAGAUGGACUAGUAUCCAAUGUCUCUCAAGUGAAACUUCCUGCACCAUCAUUCAAUGUAUCUCAGGCUCUACAACAUUUCACGGCAAAGGGGUUUACAUUAUUUGAAAUGGUGACCCUUUUGGGAGGACACAGUAUUGGUUUUGCUCACUGUAGUACCUUUCGAGAUAGGCUUUCAAGCUCUACAGUACACUCUGAUCCUACAAUGGAUCCUGUUUUGGAUGCUACGUUGGUUAAGAUAUGUGGGUCAUCCAAUAGUUCAACAAUGAAUGAUCCCACUGUGUUUUUGGACCAAAACACACCUCUUGCAUUUGACAAUCAAUUUUAUAUCCAACUAAUUCAGAGGAGAGGGAUACUUAACAUUGAUCAACAAUUAGCUCUGGAUCCAUCCUCAAAAGACUUUGUUUCGAGUUUUGCCCAAGAUGGUGCUAGUUUUCAAGUUAACUUUGCAAAUGCUAUGAUAAAGUUGGGAAGUGUUGAUGUUUUGGUUGGAAAUGAUGGAGAGAUUAGAAACAAUUGUAGGGCUUUUAAUUUUCCUAGAUAG